UAAUAUUUACAACAAAAAUGAAUAUAAUGCGUAAAUUACGUGGAGGUGGUAGCACAACAAGCUCUACAGGAUCGAAUAGUUCUGUAGAUGGUGCCGAUGGUACACCCGGAUCACCUCAUACACAAUUGGGUUUAAUGCAUUUAAAGAAAUUAUUCUCAGAAUAUACACAUCCACCGCAUCCACUUUCAGAAACGGAGCGCGAUGAUAAAUUGUACAAUAUGUUACCGUUGUUUUGUAAGGUGUUUGGGUCUAGCCCAUCUUGUGAUAUGAAUGAAAAAUUUUGGGACAUACUUGCUUUUUGCCAGCAAGUAUCACGAUUAAUGGUAAGCGAAAUACGUAAACGAGCUUCGAAUCAAAGUACGGAAGCGGCGAGUUGUGCAAUAGCCAAAUUUUUAGAAAUUGAAAAUAGUGAAGAAUCGAGUAAUGGAUGGAUGCUGUUAUCAGCAUUGAAUUUAUUGGCCGCUGGUGAUAUUUCAUUAAUUCAAGUAAUGAGCGAUGCAUCUGUACCAUCAACUUUAGUGAAAUGUUUAUAUUUAUUUUUCGAUUUGCCUGAAAUACCAGAUUCGUUAGCGGAUAGUACUGAUUCUAACAGUGAAUUUACACCACGUGAAAGGCGUAUUUUAUUACAAAAAAUAUUUGUACAAGUGUUAGUACGAUUAUGUAGUCAUCGAAUUCCAGCUGAAGAAUUAGCUAAAAAAGAUGAUUUGACAUUACUCUUUUCUGCUAUAACUACAUGGUGUCCACAACAUAAUAUUAUGUGGAGAAAAAGUGCCGCUGAAGUAUUAAUGACAUUAUCCAGACAUGGAUUAACACCAUCUGUUGUGAAAUAUAUUCAUAAUAAAAGUUGUGUUGCGUUAUGCAUCGAUAAUAUGCAGCGAAUACCAGAAUUAGCACCAUUAGAUGUUGUCGAAAUGUUUGUAGCAGUAUUUUGUUUUUUAAAAGAUUCAAGCGAUGUAUCAUCAACGUUACUUGAUGAUUUUCGUGCAUGCCAAGGAUAUGUGUUUCUUUCAGAUUUUUUAUUAAAACUUGAACAAGCACGCGAAACAAGUCCUGAAGCUCAAGAGGCUAUUCGUAAUUUAGUCUUAAUGAUAACAUCAUUAUGCACUUGUGGAUAUUUAGAACUAAGACCAUCACAGGCGUCAACUGGUUCUUUGUUCCAAUUAGCUGGAUUUACAUUACCGCAACCAUCAGGACGAGGCACAAGUGUACGAAAUAUUCAAGCGUUUCAGGUACUACAAUCAGUAUUUUUGAAAUCAAAUUCAUUAAUCGUAUGCGGUACAAUAUUGGAUGCAAUAUCAAGUAUAUAUCAUUCAGACAACGCAAAUUAUUUUAUAUUAGAAAGUCAAAAUACAUUAAGUCAAUUUAUUGAACGCAUCCAUCAUAAACCAGAUGAAAUUCAACAAAAAUUAUUUCAAUUAUUAGAAUUUAUUGUAUUUCAAUUAAAUUUUGUACCAUGUAAAGAAUUAAUAUCAUUAUCGAUAUUUUUAAAAACACAUAGUUUAACACAAGUCAAUUGUAGCAUUAUGUGUUUACAAUCAUUAUUAAAUAUUUUAAAACACAACGCCAUCUUUAAAGAUGUAUAUCGUGAAGUUGGUAUGUUAGAAGUAUUUGUUACAUGUUUAAGUCGGUAUGCGGAUAUGUUACAUGAUAAGAAUAAUGAUAGUACAGCAUUAGAAACUCAACACAUUCAACUUGGUAUGCUAAUUAUGGAAGCAUUAACAAUACUCUUAUCGGGUAAUAUCAACAAUGCAAAUGUAUUCCGUGAAUCUGGUGGUGCUAAAUGUAUACAUCAUUUAAUUAAUUAUGUGGAUUGUCGACAUGUUGCAUUGGGUAUUAUACGUGAGCUGAUUUUAACAUCGGGUGGUGAAGAAGACAUGGCAACAUUGUUGGGUACAAUGCAUACAACACCAAGAUCUGCGUUACGUUUAAAAAUUGAUAUAUUACGAGCAUUGUUGUCAUGUUUACGUGAUUCACAUCGUACACGUACUGUGUUCCGUAAAGUUGGUGGUUUUGUUUAUGUGACGAGUGUUUUAGUGGCGCUCGAGAAUCGUUUAACACAUCGUGGUAAUAAUGAUAAUGAGAGUAACGAAUCUGAAGUACUUGGAUUAUUGCAUAUUGUUUUUCAUACCAUUAGUACGGCAAUGCGUUUUGAACCAGCAAAUGCAAAAUUUUUCCAUCAAGAAAUUUGUACAACAACUUUAUGUGAUACCUUACGUUUAUUAGGAUGUUUUACAUCCGAAAAAAUUAAAUCUUUUACCGAAUGUAAAAUGAAUCCACCAUCUUCUGCGUUACAAACAAUCUUUCACAGUUUAUUCACUGGAAAUGUACUCGAACCAAAUUUUACAGACAAUAUAUCAGCACCAUUAGCAUACGUUUGUAUCGUUAUGCGAAUGUUGUACGAUGUUGCAUUGGAUGCAUUUGAUAAACCAAAUAAUUUUACAAGUGGUGUUCUUGCAAAUCGUUCACCAUCAUUUACACGACAAACAUCAAAUGAAAAUAAUCAAAAUAGUGGUAAACGAUCUGCAGUGAAUUCAUUAAAUUUAAAUCCACCAGCACCAGAACCAUUAAUUGUACAUCCUGGUGUUAUUAUUGCUAUUUUACAAAUGUUACCGUCUAUUAAAGAUGAACAAAAUGCUGAAAUGGCACUCGGUCUACAAUUGUACAUAUCAGAAAUUGUAAAAUCAUUAGUACGGAACGAGCGCGGUCAACAAGCGAUGUGUGAAGCUGGUUUAGCUGGAAAACUUUUAGAAAUAGCUAAUAUUCCAUUACAAGAUGAAGCCCACCCAUUACAUCCACCACUACAAUACAUGCUAGAACGAUUGGCUGCUCAGGCAUUAGAACCAACUGAUUUACGACAAUUUUUACGUCUUGGCAAUCCAUUAUGUGUUGUACCAUUAGAUUCAAAUGAGCCUGGUGGUGGUCCAGUACCAUUAACACGUAUCAAAACAUUGGUAUCAAUGACUACUCCACGUGAUUUUCGCGCACAAUCUUCUUGUACAAUGCCACCAUUUGUUGAAUUUGAUAUGUCUGCGGAAGGAUUUGGAUGUUUAUAUUUACCAAGUAUUGCACCACAAUCUGCUGGAAUACCACCGGUUGUGCCAAUGACUGAUACAGGUGUGAUAGGUGGUAUUGGGUCUGGUGAUCGUUUAUUUCCACCACAAACAGGAUUAAGUUAUUCGACGUGGAUUUGUGUUGAUAAAUUUUCGGAUCCACGUACAGAUCCACAUUGUGUGAGGCUAUUAACACUUGUACGUCAUUUGAAUACAACUCGUGAUGAUCAUUUAAUUUGUUUAUCGGUGGUAUUGUCUGCCCGUGAUAAAGCGAUUAUUGUAUCCACACAUGAAACUUUGGUACCUCAUAAUCUUGGUGAAUGGGAACCAGAAGGAAACGGUGAACACGGUGCUCGCGUUUGGUGUCCAGAUUUAUUACAUGAAGGACAAUGGCAUCAUUUGGCAAUUGUUUUAAAUCGAGCUGUUUUAAAGAACUCUUCAUUUUCCCUAUAUUUAGAUGGUCAACAUAUUCAUUCACAAAAAUUACACUAUGUAUCUCAAAAUCCUGGCGGAGGAGCCGCUAAUUUGACUUUGGCAUCAUCCGUUUAUGGGUUUAUUGGUACACCACCGGCAUGGCGACGUUAUUCUAGAUUAUGUUGGAAACAAGGAAAUUGUCAUUUACUUGAAGAAGUAUUAUCACCAACAACCGUGUCAACAAUCUUUCAGCUUGGUCCACAUUAUUUAGGAUCGUUACAAGCACCUCAACUUAGUAAUCCCGAAUCGACAUCAGCUUUAGUGUCUGAAGAGAAAAUUAUAUUUGGAUUAAAUGCAAAAGCUAUGUCACAAUUAACACUUGCCAAAAUCCGUAAAGUAUAUAGCCGAGCUGAUAAUAAAGCAAUCGCAAAACAAUUAGGAAUGUCGUCACAUGAAAAUGCAACACCAAUUCGUGUUUUACAUAAUUCAUCAGGGCAUUUAGCUGGACCGGCACGCAGUUUGGGAGGUGUUGUUAUUGGAUACCUUGGUGUACGUGUAUUUUGUCCACGACCCGUUGCUACAAUGAUUGACACUGUAGGAGGAUGUUCAGUAUUAUUAGGUUUAAUUGCCAUGGCUCAAGAUGUAGAAAGUUUGUAUGCCGGUGUAAAAGCUUUAGUUUGUGUUGUACGUAGUAAUAAAGUGGCACAAGAAGAAAUGGAUCGACGUCGUGGCUAUCAAACAUUAGCGAUGUUAUUGCGCCGUAAACGACCAUUUUUAAAUUCACAUAUUUUGCAUUUAGCAUUUAGUCUGGUUGGUACGGUUGAUAGUGGGCGUGAAACUUCGGCUAUACCCAAUCUAACAGCUUUUCAGGACUUGUUAUGUGACUUGGAAGUAUGGCAUGAAGCACCAGGGGAAUUACUUCGAUCUUUGUUGGAACAUUUAUACGAAUUAGUUGCCGAUUCAAGUGAAAAACGAACAAAUUUAUGGUUGAUGCGUGAUUUACAAGUUGUUACAAAAUUACUUCAUAUUCUAGUAGAUGUUCGACAUCCACCAACUCGACAAGUUUUAUUAUCCUUAUUAUCAACGCUGUUAAGUGGUCAACCCCGACCUGCUGAUUUACUUUGGUUUGGACAGUAUAUUGCGGCUACUUUACCCUCAAAUGGUGUUAAUGAAAAAGGAUUAGUACUUCGCGAAGCAGAUGAAUAUGGAAAUAAUGGUGAAGGGGAACAUAUAUUACUAAGAAAUCGCUGUUUACAAUUAUUACAUUCGAUGUUGUGGACACCAAGAGGUACACUCAGUAUGGCUGUUUGUGAUGAAGUAUCUCGAAUUUUAGGAUUCGAUUGGUUACUUUUAUUCAUGCAACCAAAUCUUCAUUCAACUACUGUUGUUUGGGGACUACGUAUUUUAAUUGUUUUGUGUUCAGUUACAGCUUUACUAAACAGGUUUCGCGAAGGUAGCACAAAUGGCGGCUGGCUACGACAUACGGAAUUAGUAACACAAAAUAAAAUGGCGUUAAUGUUAGGGUGUUCAGUGAAUCAAAAUGUUGGAGCUCAAACAAAUUGUGAUGUAAAACCAGAAGCAUUACAUGUACCUGGUUUUCAGCAUUUAGGAUGGUUUGUACCAUCCCAUUUAGAUGUUCCUGAAAUAUAUUUUUUGCUAACAGCAUUAAUGAUGGGACAACCUGUAAAAUUACUACCUGGUGAUACAAAAUUUGAUUUAGAUGCUGUUUGGGGCUAUUUAUGGGGUGUACCAUUAAAUAGCCAACCCGCUAGUAGUGUAGCUCCACGCGUUACAUUAUGCUCUGAAGCAGUUGGUGUUUUAUUAAAAAUGGCACGUGCAAUGAUCCAUCAUAAAGAACCAAACACAUUACCAUCAUGGCUUUCAGAUCAUCCUGUAUCAAUAAUUCAAGUAUUAUUCUCACUUUAUCAUAAUUUACCGGAUUUUAUGCCGAUUUUUAUGUCAGCAGAAGUUUUAACGGCUCUAGCCAGUACGUUAUUUCCAUUUCAAUCACUUUCGGAGAGUGCAGAAAGUAGUGGCGCAUCUACUCCUGCAGCUGAAGAUAACGAACCUAUAAUGUUAGUUCAUAAUUUCUCCGAAGAAGCUUCAUUAACAAAUCAUCCAGCUAGACGAUUUGUUAUCGAUUUUAUUCGAGUAAUCGUUGUUGAUUCACUAAGUUUAUCAGUUUCUGGCAAAACUGCACCAGUUAUUGAUUUAGUUUUGGAUGCAUGUCCAGAAAAUGCGAGUACAAAUCAACAAUCUGAGUAUCAAACAGAAGUUUUAUCAACAUUGAUGGAUCAUUUAUUAGCUGCUGAUAUGCUCGUUGGAGAUCAAGCUGCAAUACCAAUUGUUCCACUAGCUGCUGCGCACGUUCAACAUGUGGCACCAAACGUAUGUUAUUUAGCUGCACGUAUCGUUGAUAAAUUAUGGCAGGGAUCGUUGACAAAAGAUCCACAUGAAGUGUUUGAUUUUAUCGUAAAAUUAAUUGGACAAGCAAAACGUCGUUCAAAUAAUUUUUCAUUAGAAGGUUUACAUCAUUGUUUAAAUCGAACAACUUUAUUUUUAUUAUCCCGUGCAACAGAUUCGGUAGCGGAUCAAAUGUCCGUUUUGGAAGCAUUACAUAAAUUAACAACAAAUCGAUUAAUUGUGUUUGGUGCAGGAAAUCACGAAUUGGAUUUCAUUGGAUGUUUAACAUAUUGUCUUGUACAAUUAACAGCAGAUAUGAGAAUUGUAUUAGAUUGUAAUAUGCGUACAACCUGGCAUGUUAAUCCAUCCGGUGGAGAUGUUGAAGCUCGUGAUGAACGUUUAACACAACAUCAAGGUAGAAACUUAAUGGCUGGAGCUGCUUUACGUGUUUGGGAAGAAUUGUAUGUAUGUAAGAAACCAGCUAUUGAAGAAGUAUUUAAAGUAAGUUUACCAUCUCCACCACAAAAUGCUCGAGCUCCGGAGUUAGGUGCUGUACGUGAGUUAGUAUGUGAAGCGGCUACACGAUUAUGGUUAAAUUAUGUAGAUGCUGAACGCAAAGCUACAUAUCGUGCUCCUUGGGAAUUACAUAGUCAAAUACAAUCAAAAAUACAUAAAGUUACAGGUGGUUUAACACGUUUAGCUAGUCGAACAAAAGUACGCCGUGAUGAAGUCACAAAAGUUAAAGUUUGUGUACAUCGCACACGUUUAGUCAAUUGGACUCUCAAUCAUGUGGGCUUAGUGCGUGAAUUAUCGGAAAUGAAACGUAAUCAAUAUAUUCAUACGGAUCAACAUACACAACGUUACGUGUAUCAAGAAUGGUUGCAAACUGAGACAGAAUUGACCAGGGAACGUGGUUUAUGGGGACCACCAACACCAACGAAAUUAGAUAAGUGGAUGUUAGAUAUGACUGAAGGUCCAUGUCGUAUGCGUAAGAAAAUGAUGCGUAACGAUGCAUUUUAUAUACAUUAUCCGUAUCGACCCGAAUAUGAGAAAGGUGGCAUGAAAUACAAAGUUGCAACCAGUUUAGAUAGUAAACCGUAUUAUCUGGCUGUACAAAAACGAUGUGGUCGCGGGUUAACUGAACCGGAGCCGUCACGUUUAGAUAGUGUAUCGUCAACAGAUGAAAGUUUAGGUGGAAUUCCACCAUCACCUACUCCAACGCCUUUUCCUACAUCUAUUGCUUUAGCUAGACUUAAAUCAGAACCAGAUGAUGUCCCGGAUGAAGGUGAUACUGAAGAAGAAUCAGUUCCUGUGCCUGAUAAUCAAACUCUAUUACGACUUCUUGAAGAAAAUGAGAAGGUUAGUCAUAUGUUUCGAUGUGCACGUAUUCAAGGCUUGGACACAACAGAAGGACUACUACUUUUCGGGCAAGAACAUUGUUAUGUGGUUGACGGUUUUACUCUUUUGAAAAAUCGUGAAAUUCGUGAUAUUGAAAGUGUCAUUGAAUCAUCUGCAUUUGAUCCAAUUGUACCAAGCCCUGGUUCACCACGCGCUACAAGGACUAUUAAAAACUGUUCUAAAUUUUCUUACGAUGAUAUUCGGGAAGUGCAUAAAAGGCGUUAUUUAUUACAACCAAUGGCGUUAGAAGUAUUUUCGGGAGACGGAAGAAAUUAUUUAUUAGCUUUUCCUCGUAAAGUACGUAAUAAGGUUUAUCAAAGAUUUUUAGCGACCGCUACAGGAAUUGCUGACAGUGCUCAACAAUCUGUUGCUGGACAAAAACGAACUGCAAAUGUUGAACAAGCUACUGGUUUAUUGUCAAAUUUAAUUGGUGAAACAUCUGUGACUCAACGCUGGGUGCGUGGAGAAAUAUCCAAUUUUCAGUAUUUAAUGCAUUUAAAUACGUUAGCUGGACGAUCGUAUAAUGAUUUAAUGCAAUAUCCAGUAUUUCCAUGGAUAUUAGCUGACUACGAAUCCGAAGAGUUAGACCUUUCUGAUCCAUCGACAUUUAGAGAUUUUUCACGACCGAUGGGAGCACAAAGCCCUGAUCGACUUGAACAAUUUCGAAAACGGUAUAAGGAAUGGGAUGAUCCACAUGGCGAAACACCGCCGUAUCACUAUGGAACACAUUAUUCCAGUGCAAUGAUUGUCUGUUCCUAUUUAGUUCGCAUGGAACCAUUUACACAACACUUUUUACGCUUACAAGGUGGUCAUUUUGAUUUAGCAGAUCGAAUGUUUCAUUCAAUUAAAGAAGCAUGGUUAUCAGCGUCGCGUCAUAAUAUGGCUGAUGUUAAAGAAUUAAUACCGGAAUUCUUUUAUUUACCCGAAUUUUUAUGCAAUUCAAAUAAUUUUGAUCUUGGCUCAAAACAAAGUGGAGUUGCUUUGGGUGAUGUAGUUUUACCACCAUGGGCAAAACAAGAUGCACGUGAAUUUAUUCGAGUUCAUCGACAAGCGUUAGAAUGUGAUUUUGUUUCACAACAUUUACAUCAAUGGAUUGACUUAAUAUUUGGCUACAAACAACAAGGACAAGCUGCUGUUCAGGCUGUUAAUGUGUUCCAUCAUUUAUUUUAUGAAGGAAAUGUGGAUAUUUAUAAUAUCGACGAUCCAUUAAAAAAGAAUGCAACAAUUGGAUUUAUAAAUAAUUUUGGCCAAAUACCAAAACAAUUAUUUAAGAAACCUCACCCGUGUAAGAAAAUGGGUGGAACGUCUAACAGAAGCUCAGUUAUUGAUACGGGUUCAUUGGUUCAAGCAUUAACUUUACCCGUACCGGAAAAGAUAUUCUUCCAUCAUUUAGAUAAUUUACGACCAUCUUUACAACCAAUUAAAGAGGUGAAAGGUCCAGUUGGUCAAAUAUUUUGUGCAGAUAAAACAGUUUUAGCCGUUGAACAAAACAAAGUAUUAAUCCCACCAACAUACAAUAAAUUUGUAGCAUGGGGUUUUGCGGAUCAUUCUUUACGUGUUGGUCAUUAUGAUAAUGAAAAAGCAGUAUUUGUUUGUGAAUCGGUUGUACAAAACAGUGGGGAAAUUGUCGCUUGUGUUUGUCCAUCACCAAAACUAAUAAUAACUGCAGGAACAAGUUCUGUGGUAACUAUUUGGAAUUUUGAUGUUCGAAACAAACGUUUAAAUAUAAAACAAAGUUUAUACGCACACACAGACGCUGUAACAUGCUUAGCAAGUAGUCCUGCAUAUAAUGUUAUUGUAUCAGGGUCUAGAGAUUGUACUGCAGUUGUAUGGGAUUUAUCACGUGGUUUAUUUGUACGACAAUUACGUGGACAUACAGCUCCGGUGGCUGCUGUUGCUGUAAAUGAUCUAACGGGUGAUAUUGCAACAUGCGCAGCAACCUGGCUACACGUUUGGAGUAUAAAUGGCGAUGAAUUGGCUUGUGUUAAUACGUGUGUGGGUCGCGCUGAUCGUAUGCAACAAAUUUUAUGUGUAACAUUUUCACAGGCACAUGAGUGGGAUUCUGGUAAUGUCAUUAUGACAGGAUCUACAGAUGGUGUUGCUAGGAUGUGGUCUAUUGAUUAUGUACAAGUUCCUGCCGAUGAAAAUUUAGACAAUAAAGAUAAAAAUCCAAUAACACCAAAUGAAAUAACUAAUAAUAGAAAUCGGCCACAAUCAAAUCAACAUUCCCGUUUAAUUAAACAAAUAAAUGUUUCGUCACAAGAUAAUUCAGUUGGAAGCCCAGUACGAAAAUCUGGUUCAGAAAGUAGUUUAUCUGAGGAAGGGGUGUUGAUUGAAGGAGAAAGUGCAAAAGAAUGGGUUCAAGGACAACACGAAGAAAAAGAAACUUGCAGUGAUGAUGAGGAACAUCAAUCAUCACCACCUAGUACUGAAAAAGUUGUAUUACGAAGACCUAGUCGUGCCAAUCCAGUAUUUAGAAAAUCUGAAGGUGGUGGGAGUGCUGACGAUGCGAUUGGUGUUACUGAAGCGAUUAACUCCGAACCAGAUAGCGGUUUAGGUUUACGAACAAGUAAAUCCGAUACUAGUUUAACAGAUUCUUUUAUAAUUGUAUCAGAUGUUCGAAAAUCAUUUAUUAAUCCAGCUUGUAUGUUACGGCCAGGUUUUAAGUGGCAACGGCAGCUAGUAUUUCGAAGUAAAUUAACAAUGCACACCGCUUACGAUCGUAAGGAUAAUGCAGAACCUGCAUCAGUUACAGCAUUAGCUGUUUCUAAGGAUCAUCGUACUGUUUACGUGGGUGAUGCACGUGGACGUGUGUUCUCAUGGAGUGUAUGUGAAGUGGGGCGGGCUGCUGAUCAUUGGUUAAAAGAUGAUGGUGCUGAUUAUUGUACAGAAUGUUCGGUUAAAUUUACUUUAUACGAACGUAAACAUCAUUGCCGUAAUUGUGGUCAAUUGUUUUGUUCAAAAUGUAGUCGAUUCGAAUCAGAAAUAUCAAGAUUACGUAUUUUAAAACCUGUACGUGUAUGUCAAUCAUGCUACAGUACAUUACGUACAGGCGAAAGUUGAAAAAAUUCAGGGUUAAGUAAAGUAGGUAAUUAGUUUUUCAUUUAAUAUUAUUGAAUAUAUUCACUAAAUUAAGAAAAUGGCCAGUCAUAUUAGACAGAGAAACAAAUAUUAUUUCUUAUAUAAAAGCAUAUUUAUAUAAUAUAUACUUGUUAAAGUUGUUUUGGAAAUGUUU